AUUUAUUCUUUAUAGCUAUUAAACAUAAAAAAAUUAAUUUGUGCAACAACUAAGCCCAACUUUAUUAUAAAAGAUGAACAGAGAAAAUCGCACUUUAAAAAGUAAAUCAUUAAACAAUGAAGAAUCUCCAACAAAACCUCCCGAAAAAAAGGAAAGCCAAACAAAACGGAAAAAAGCUUCAUCAACCACCUCAACUAAAAGAAAAUCGUACAGAAACCCUUAUUUAGUGUUCCUUGCGGAGUUUCGUAGGAACCAUUCGAAUAUGUCUUUGAUGGAAAGUAGCCGCGAAGCUGGUAAAAUUUGGAGGAACAUGAACGAAGCUGAAAAAGCGCCUUAUAACGCCCUCGCGAGAGCUGCCCCUAAGAAACCAAGAAAACGCCGCAUUAAGCGGCAAGAUAGUGAGAGUAAAGAUGAUAGUUUCGAUACUGGAAGUACAAGUGAUACAACCGAUACGGAAUCGAGAUCGCGGACACGAUCUCGAUCAUCAAACCGAAAAUCAAAAAAAUUUGAGAAAUUAAAAAGAAAAAGUCAAGGAAAAAGCCGGUCUCGUUCCACUAGUUGAAGAUAUGAUCUUUAACUCAAAAUUUGUUGUUUAAACUUUUCGUUGUUAAAUAAAUAAUAAUUUUAUUUAUAAUAGAG